UCCCAGUGUGGAAAGAGUUUUAACCAGAAAGAGCACCUGAAAAAACAUGAGAGAAUACACACAGGGGAGAAGCCUUACCACUGCUCCCAGUGUGGAAAGAGUUUUAGCCAGAAAAGCAACCUGAAAAAACAUGAGAGCAUACACACAGGGGAGAAGCCUUUCCAAUGCUCCCAGUGUGGAAAGAGUUCUGCUCACUUAUGUAAACUGAAAACACACCAGAGAAUACACACAGGGGAGAAGCCUUACCAUUGCUCCCAUUGUGGAAAGAGUUUUGCCCACUUAUGUAACCUGAAAACACAUGAGAGAUUACACACAGGUGAGAAGCCUUACCCUUGCUCCCAGUGUGGAAAGCGUUUUGCCCACUCAUGUAACCUGAAAACACAUGAGAUAUUACACACAGGGGAGAAGCCUUACCCCUGCUCCCAGUGUGGAAAGAGUUUUGCCCACUUAUGUAAACUGAAAACACAUCAGAGAAUACACACAGGCGAGAAGCCUUACCACUGCUCCCAGUGUGGAAGGAGUUUUACCCACUUAUGUAACCUGAAAAGACAUGAAAGAUUACACACAUAGUCUAAACAGUAGAACAUAGGAUAUAUGUAGUCUGAACAGUAGAACAUGGGACAGAUGUAGGCUGAACAGAAGGACCUAGGACAGAUGUAGGAUUUGUUUGACAAUAUAUAUUAUAUCAUACCAUACAUGCUCUCAUUUUGAGAGAGAAAAGUCCUUGGUCCUAGAGCACAGGUGUCAAACUCAUUCCACGGGGGGCCGAGUGUCUGCGGGUUUU